AUGUUCACAGAGGCCUUCGUCGCCACUUGCUCACCUGAUGAGCUUCUCGGCCAGGUCAUUCAGAUACUUUGCCCAAGAUACAACAUCGAUGCGCCUCAUUUACUGGCUCUGCGACAGCUGCUCUCAAACGCUAUCGUUGCACCAAGGAAGCCGCCCACACUAAAGCGCACUCGACCUGACAAGCGAAUUGGUGAAAUCGGCUCCAUCUACAAUACACCGCAUCGCUCUCCAUACGGCCCCAAUGGUCCACCCGUUUCCGCAAACCAGAGCUUCUACUUUCAUCACCAGGACGCCGACUUCGAGAGGCUGUUGCCGCGAGUGGAUCGCUUGCGUUACGUGUGGAUGAACGAACCAGCCAGUCAGUCAGAAUCUGACGGCGAGGAGAUCCCAGACAGCCAUGAGAGCUUGCAAUCGCAACUUACUAGCAUUGAGACGCCUAGCACAGAGCGCAAUGGAUCGCCUCUGUCACCAACGUCCUUUUCACUUUCCCUUACCGAACACAGUAAGCGGGCUGCAGCAAAGGUUCCUCCGCAAGCAGAGGACCUUCGCCCAACAGCAAAUCAAGAGCUUGCCUCUGGCGAUGAAUCGCUUUCUGUUUCAAAGUAUGGCUCUGACAUUCCGCACAAGGACGCAUCUGCGGACUCCCAGAAAUCACAACACCCCUCUGUACCUACGACCACCAUCAUGUCCACGGAGCGCACGGUGACCAGCGAGCAUGAGAGUACGACACUAUCAUCACCACUUCUACCCACAGUCAACAUCGCUAUCGAGCUGCCGGAAUCGCAAGAAAUGCACAGCGUCCCUCCUCCACCGCACUCUGCGCCGCCAUUCUACAUGCCUCAGUGCUCGAACACUCAAGACACUGUCAACAGCACUCAGCCGAGCGAAGUCUUCAGCCCGUCGGACGACUUCAUAAACUACACCCCACUAACACAAGAGGCGACACGACAGGAUACGUCGUUACAGGCCGAGAUGUCCAACUCAUAUCCACGCACAUCAGUCAUCAAUACGACCGCGGAACUACCAAAGCCGUCACCUCGUCCAUCUCCUAGGGCCUGUUCGUCGAGUCCACUGGUUUCUGUGCCUCCACUGGGCAAACGCUCGCGCGGACAAUCUGAAGCUACAGACGAUGCGCCCUCACUCAAGCGCUCGAAGUCGACAGAGGCUCUUUAG